AAAAUAGUAGCAGCAGCAACAACAACAACAGCAUCAAACAACGAACCAACAAGAGUAUAUAACUCGAUGACAAAAAAUAGCAAAAACAAAAUUUUCUUUGGCGCCUCAAAAACUUUACCAACUACAACGUACAACCUACAGUCUACUGCGCCGCCUUAGCUUAGUUUAAAGCGGUACCGUUAAAUCAGCAACGCAUUCAAAAACUAUCUACUACUUGGCUUAAACUUAGACAGUUUUUGUUUUUGGCAACGCCGGUGCAACUCUGCACGAUCAAUUGGCGGUGAUGCGUUGUCGUCGCCACGCGAAAAUUUCUUUAAUGUCUUGCUGUCGCGGCUGUUCGGAGGAUGUCACCAUCGAAGAUAUACCCGAGACGCAGGAGGUCACCACCACCACCGGCACUGCCCCACAGCCCGCAGAAACUGAGACGUCUGCCGGAACAGAAGCUUACGACCCCAGCACGCCUAUACCACGUCCACCACUCGCCGAAUUAAGUGCACGCCCACCAACACCUAUCGAUGAAAGUGAAAUGGCUGCCGGUAGCAAAGAAGUGAAUCCCGAAAAAACGGUCGCUAGUACAACUUCCAGCAGUGAUGGCAUCUUCUCGAUCAUUUAUACGGUUUUCAAGAAGGUUGCUAUUGUUGGUUCCAUUUAUUUGGUUGGCUAUAUGGGUUGGAGUGUUGCGUGGUUGAUAGCGCCGGUGAUCUUGUCUGUGGCACGUGAUGAGCUACGUAAAACCACUGAGCAUAAGCGUAAUAUUGCCAAAGCUUCGGCUAUGGCAUCCGAGAAGGAUGUCAUAAUGGCGCGUAUCGAUGAGUUGCCGGCAUGGGUCUACUUUCCCGAUGUGGAACGCUGUGAAUGGGUCAAUAAGAUACUCAAACAAGUAUGGCCCAAUGCCAAUCAUUUCGCUCGCACUCUCGUCAAAGAGACCAUCGAACCGAAUGUUGCACUCGCACUCGCCAAUUACAAAAUGAAUGGCUUUCGUUUCGAUCGCAUCAUACUCGGCACAAUACCGCCACGCAUCGGUGGUGUGAAGAUCUACGAUAAGAAUGUUGAUCGUAAUGAAAUCAUUAUGGACUUGGAUCUCUUCUAUGCGAGCGAUUGUGAUAUCAACUUCUAUUUGGGUGGCAUGAAGGGUGGUAUUAAGGAUUUCCAAAUACACGGCUGGGUGCGAGUUGUCAUGAAACCACUCAUACGAUCCAUGCCGUUGGUGGGUGGUCUGCAGAUUUUCUUUCUAAACAAUCCGAAUAUCGAUUUCAAUUUAGUGGGUGUUAUUGAUUUUAUGGAUAUGCCCGGAUUGAGUGAUUUGUUGAGGAGAAUCAUUGUCGAACAAAUUGGUGCGGUUAUGGUGUUGCCGAAUAAGCUGCCGAUAACGUUGAGUAAUGAGGUGCCAGCGAUUAGUUUGAAAAUGCCAGAACCGGAGGGCAUUUUACGCAUACAUGUUGUAGAGGCUAAGGAUCUCAUGAAGAAAGAUAUCGGGGUUUUGGGUAAAGGCAAGUCCGAUCCGUAUGCGGUCAUCAAUGUCGGCGCUCAGGAGUUCAAAACACAGAUUAUAGAGAAUAAUGUGAACCCGAAAUGGGACUACUGGUGUGAGGCCCCUGCCUUCGCCGACGGCACUUUGGAUCUAAAGGCCGUCUUUCAUUUAUGGGACUCAGAUAUACCCGGUAGUCCAAAUGAUGAUUUUUUGGGAAGAGCUACCAUCGAGAUUUUCAAUGUGAUCAAACGGGGCAUCGUGGAUACGUGGCUGACAUUGGAGGACGCCAAACACGGGCUCCUACACGUGCGUAUGCAAUGGUAUAAACUAACCGCCGAUCCUAAUGAUUUGCAAGCGGCUUUGUUGGAGACGCAACAACUGCGUGUGACUUCCAUGAGUACGGCGCUGCUGACUGUCUUCAUCGAUUCCGCUAAGAACUUGAAGCAAGCGCGCACCAGCUCAAAGCCCGAUCCCUAUCUGAUCGCCAUGGUUGGUAAGCAUAAAGAGCAGACAGCAAUGAUUAUGCGCGAUGACUCGCCCGUUUGGGAGCAGGGUUUCACCUUUUUGGUUAGUAAUCCGGAAAAUGAAUCACUUCAAAUACGCAUUAUGGAUCAGAAGACAAACAAUGAGAUUGGCCAGUAUACUUAUCCACUGAAUUUACUGCUACCGAAGAAGAAUAUGGAGUUGGUUUCACAACCAUUCCAACUGCAAAAAUCUGGUCCCGAAUCGAAGUUGAUUAUGUCACUCUCGCUGCGUAUACUCAAGCCGGCUGAAGUGUUGGAGGAGACGGAACAAACUGCGAGCUCACCUGAGUCUUCAAUAGCGCUGACACGUUCGAGCUCGUUGAAAACGCCCACGCAAGAGAGUGCAAGCAAUAAGGAUCUACAAUUACAAACAAGUCGCAUUUCGAUUGAAUCACCCAUUGCCGAAGAGCAAAUCAUCACAAUGAACUCCUCCCCAGCCGCCACACCAUACUCGGCAGCGCUUGAGACUGGGGAAGCCGUACUUACGCAUCGCAUGCCAGACUUAACCAGUUCGACAGGUGAAUACGGACUCGGCCGCAUACAACUUUCCAUACGCUAUAGUGUACAAAGGCAGAAACUCACUGUUACCGUACACAAAAUCAUGUAUCUGCCAUUACGUGAUCCCUCCAGUAUACCGGAUCCCUAUGUUAAACUAUAUCUACUGCCAGCACGUAAUAAGGAAUCGAAGCGUAAAACAAUGGUGAUUAAGGAUAAUUGCAAUCCUGUCUAUGAGGCCACAUUCGAGUAUCUCAUAUCGACCGCGGAGCUAGCACAAACCGAACUGGAAGUGACCGUAUGUUCGCAGAAGGGCUUCCUCUACGGUGGCAGUCCCAUUAUGGGCAUGCUUAAAAUCCCACUAAAUGAACCGGAGAUAUCCAGCAAUGGCAUAAACUCAUGGAUGGAUUUGCAGCCAGAAAUGAAGCAUGAUUAAGCGAUGACGGCACCGUUUGUAUGAUAUUUGAAUUUGUUGAAAAGCCAAGCAGGAGUAACUUGCAGAGUCGAUAUCCGAUGACUGCUUUCGAAGAUAAUGUUUUUUCUUUAGAUAUGUAUAUGUAUGUAUGUAUGUAUAUUUUUUAUAAGUAGUAUUUCUUUUUUUCGAAAAAAUUUUAGUCCCUUAUUAUGAGUUGCAUGCGAUCUUCGACUGUCGGCGAAAGAGCUGAUCGAAAAAAUUAUCGUUUGGACUUCGAUGAAUUUCGAUAAACUGAAUUUUUCACAAUCGCUGGAAGCAUAGCUGGAAAUAACUAGAAAUACAAAACAUUACAAGAGGCAUUGUCUAUUUCGAAAUUUUCAUAUUCUUGCACGUAAUCCCCGCUAGUUAAUCUUAGACCGUAUUCUUCUACUGUAGAAUUUAUACUUGUUUCCUACACCAGCAAUCCAAUUAUGCCCUCUUCUGAAUCAAUUUUCGGCAGCAAUAGUAGAAUGGUUAGCAUUGCCUGCAGCUAUUCGAAAGGCUACCAUUCAAGUCCUGGUUCUUUCAAUAUCCGAAAUUAUAGAAAAAUAAUUUUUCUAAUUGCAAUCGCUCUCGCCAGGGUAUGCCAAGCGCUCCGAGUGUGUGUUCUGACAUAAAAUAAAAGGCUCCUCGUAAAAAUACAUCGGCGGCCGUAGACCGCUUAGAAUAAACUCUGCCAACAAAUGGAGUAAUUGUUAGAAAAACAUCAAGACACACAACACAAAUUAAUGGAGUAGCUCAGCCGAGAAUGAUCUUUGCUAUAUUGGUUUUAGCAUUUAGCUUAUGUGGCCCAGCACGAAUUGCACGAUAUUCCGAUUUACACAUUCUCACAUUCUCCUUUUUUUUAAUUUACAUCAGGUGUGGCCUGACAAAAGAAAAACUCAAAAUUAGUUCUACAGAAGUAUGGUUCUUAAGUCACCAUAAACCACUUGGUUAACGUUCUAACGGGUGGUCCUAAACAAUUCGAUUCCAGCGUAAUUUUCUCCCGCUAGAAUUGAGAAUUUUACACCUAAAAGAAACUAGUCGUUCCAACUAUUGUUUGGUACACGCAAAAUUUGAACUGCAUUAUUCAUAUUUGAUAGCAAAAAAGUGGUAAAAUUAAAAAAAAUCCUAUAUUUUUAAAAAUUUUCCAUAAUUCCUUAUGGCAGCGAAAGCAAAAUCUUGUUGAAAAAGAAAAUUUCGACAGCGUUCGCAACUCAUAGUAAGAGCUCGAAUUUCUUUUUCGAUGUUCGAUAACCAGUGACAAUCGAAAAUCGAAUUUUGCUCAUAAUAGGGGGCUUAAACUAUUGUAUUAAGUAAUUUUUUUUUUAAUUCAGAAUUUAUUGCAUAACUACUUUUUUAAAAUACCUCAAAUGGAGUAAUUAUAUAGAAUCUCAAUUUACAGUGUUUAACAUAAUACAAUAUUAUAUAAAUUUUAAUUUGGCUUAAUUUUAAUAUAUCAUUUUCAAAAGUAGUUACUUUUUUCAAGGUGGUCCGAAUUAUUUUUUUUAAAUACAUAAAUACAUUUUCUUCUAAAUUUCUUUUUUUUCAAAUACUUUAAUUACAUUUUUAAGAAUUUUUUAUAUUUUUAACACGAUAUACGUAAUAACACUCUUCCUAUUAUUAUGAGUUUUUACACAUUAUUUUUCUAAAUUUUUUUAUUUGUUUUAUUUGUUUUUUUUUUUAUUGCUUUAAGAAUCUCAUUAAUAUAAUUUCUCUUCUGUUUUCUGUAAAAAAAAUUCUUAAUUUUUUAUUUGUAAAAAACUCUACUACUAUGUGCCUUUUUCACUACGUAAAGCACAAUCUUUAUAAAAAAAAAAAAAAAA